AUGUCAGAGGCAGUACCCGCCGCCUUCUAUGCGGCCAACUCCUCUUUCGACACCAAGACCCAGCCCUUCCAGCUCACAUACCCCGAUGGUGUCAAUCAAUUCACCACAACACUGGACGAGCUCACUCAACUCCAGCAACUUGCUGUGCGGUCCGGCAUCGUCUUUGGCAUCCAGCUUGGAGUCUGCGCGAUUCUCAUCCUCAUCCUCGCUCUGCUCACCAAGCCUGAGAAGCGACGAAGCGUCAUCUUCAUCCUCAAUCAAUCCGCUCUGGUCUGUAUAUUCAUCCGCGCCAUCCUCAUGUGCCUGCAGAUCCUGGGCCCAUUUUAUGACUUCUACAACUACACCCUCAUAUACUACCCCAACGUCGCAGACACGACACGCGUUGCUGUCACGGGUGAGGUCUUUGGCUUCCUCACUACCGUGGCGGUGGAGCUGUCCCUGAUGUUCCAGGUCCGUGUUGUCUGCUGCACGCUCCGAGCGCUGUGGCGCAACAUCAUCACCACCGUCUGCGUCCUGGUGGCCCUGCUCGUCUGCAGCUUCCGGUUCGCCCUCAUGGUUCUCAACGCCAAUUACAACCUCGUCCACUUCGACACCCAGACCGAGGAGGAAUUCCAAAUGAUCAGCGAUUGGGCUUCUCGAACCAACAUCUGCACUGUCGGCAGCAUCAUCUUCUUCAGCAUCGUCUUCUGCGCUAAGUUGGGCCACGCCAUCCACCACCGUCGAAAGAUGGGAAUGAAGCAGUUCGGUCCCAUGCAGAUAAUAUUUGUGAUGGGCUGCCAGACCAUGUUCGUUCCAGCAAUCUUCGGCAUUAUCGUGUACUACGCCCUGUAUAGCACACAAUUGAGCAGCAUCAUGCCACUCGUGGUCGCCACCUUCCUCCCACUUUCCAGMAUGUGGGCAUCUACCAACCCCAGCAACGUCAACAUCGCCGCCAUUCGCAAGCCCAUGGCGUACAAGCCAAGCAUGGUCCCGACCACGAACAACAGCAGCUACUCCGCGGAGAAGGAGUACCUGACGACCACUUUCAAUUCUCAAGGCACACUGGUCAACGAGACCCAGGAGCAGGCUUUGAAUCCGAAGAAGAUGGGCGCUCAUGCAUCGGCYAGGAGGGACAGCAUCGACGUCGAGCUGGGGAGGAUGGGCCAUGAUAUCAUCGUGGACCGUACCUUCAGCGUCAGGAACAACUCCGGGUAG